AUGGCUGCAGCUAGAAACGACGUCGAGAACACCGCCGUCGGGACAAGCGACAAUGAGGAGGAUCCAGCAAGACGAGCGAGAGCUCGCGUUUCGCGCGCCUGUGCGAGAUGUCGAAGCAGGAAAGACAAAUGCGACGGCCAGCAACCCCAAUGCCACAACUGUGCAUCAGCUGGACAGACUUGCCUCUAUCUGCCCACAAUCAAGAAGAGAGGCCUUCCUGAAGGCUACGUUCGAGGGAUGGAAAAGCUGUGGGCAGUCAUGAUCCAGAAGAUCCAAGGAAUAGACGGCACGGUGGAACGAAUCAUGAAUGAUAGUCAAGCAGAGUUGAUUCAUAUGUGGAACCACCAGAAGCAUGGUGAUGACUUACACGCCGCAUGGAAGGAGUCCAAAAUACUGGCUGAGCUUGAAAGACUCCUCUCCCGACUGGAUCAAACCUCCUCGAGUGAUUUGAAGAGGAAACGAGAUAUUGCAGACAAUGGGCAAAGCGACCAAUCAGCGAAUGACACCCGUCUUGAACAGGAUCAACUCGCACCAGAGUACCAAAUUACCGGUCUCGGUUCGUCUAACCCAAGCCCGUCACAUCAAUCGAAGGGUAUUUCUAUCGGAGCAACGCCUGUGUCUGUGUUUGGAGCAGCGAAUCUCCCAGAGGCGGCUUCCAAUUUACUAAAUCACUAUUUCACAUACACUCACUGCUGGUUCCCUAUUCUCAGCAGGCCCUACACACUGAAGAAAUUAUAUGAGUAUAGGAGAUCUUCUAAGCCAACACAACCAACCUCGGCUGAUUUGGCGGUCCUGUGGGCAGUGUUUGCCUAUUCGCAGCAGCAGAUGUCGCGAUCCGUAGUUGAUUCACUGCUGGGCGACGCGAUGGACGCAACCGCUGCCAAAAUGCGCCAUAUGGCUCGAUCAUUGAUACCACUGGAAACAGAGAACUUUGAGUAUGGCCACGUUCAAGCCAUCUUGCUUAUGGUGCUUCUUGAUGUGGGGACUGGUAGUUGGACUUCGGCUUGGAUAUUGAUCGGCCUUGCCGUUCGAAUUUUAUUGGACAAAAUUGACUCGUUGGAAAAUCCAACAAAAGAGUGGCUCGCAUCGUUGCAAGGCUGCUUCAUCUUGGAUACAUUAAUCGCCGUCCGUCUGGAGAGGCCACCACAUCUCCAAAGUGCUCAUUUGAAGCGCACGAGAUUUCUCGACGAAGACGGACACGAAGAGUGGGAACCCUGGCAGCAGGGAGGGAGCGGUGUCGCCCAAUCCCGCGAACCUGCAUUCACCAUAAGCUGUUUCAAUCGACUCACAGACCUUUGCAUGAUCGUUAGUGUGGCGUGUUUGCAACAUUCCUCACCUUUGGCAGUGGACCAGGCUGUGAUGCAAGUUCAUCAGGUCGCACAACAGUUUAAUUUUCCCCUCAUGACAUUGGAACAGAGGCCACCUCAUCAAAUACUCCUACAAGCGACAUACUUUGCAAUCCUUGUUAAGAUAUCUUACCCGACCGAUGAGUCACAAGCUGUCCCCAGAUGGCGGUUUCUUGAGACCUUAGAACUCUUCGAAAACACCUGGGGUCGGCCUGAUCAAUGCGGCAUUCCAUCUCUUCUCGCUGACAUUUGCUAUAUGGUUAGUUCCAAGGUCGGUAUCCCAACAGAAAACGUCACACCCCAGGCUAAGGGAACUUUUUGCCGGAAACUCUGCGAUCGGAUGCUGAGGCUCUCCGCUGUUUGGCCCGAUUUAAAGAAUGCGGCCAAUAUCCACAUGCCCACCCAGCCGACCAUGUUUGAGCAAAGGGAUGAGUCACAACCGCGUCCAGAAAUCCAACCAGGGUUACGAUAUGAACCACAGAACGCUACCGGGUAUCUACUGCAGCCAGGACAAACUGGGAUAUGGCCCUCCCAAGCAUCGCUUUUCGACAACGAUCUCAGCAGUACAAGCAUGGACUUGAGCGGGUCGGGAAGACCAGUAAGUAGAAUGGAACAAGAGGCACCCCUAGCACAUCCCUUCGCAGUCCGCCCAAUCUUUGAGUCAGGAUCCGUGGAAUACGGGGCAAUGAAUGUGGACGUGCCUGUGCCUGAGCCCGCUAGUCGACCGUCGUUUGGACACCCUUUGAGCCAAAGAGCCAGCUCCGCAGGCGGAGUUGCCACAUCCCCUAGCUUCAAUGGAGAUGAAAUUGAUGCGUUAUUCCAUGAAAUGGCAGAACUUGAUACGACUCAAUGGUCUCUCGACCGGUCCCAAGCACUGAAAGAUUUUGGAUUCUCUGACAAUACGACAUUUGAGGCAUUCUGCAAUGACCCGGAUCGGCUCAUGUUGUCUGACGCAUAUAUGGGCCCAGCAUUUGGCCAGAAGGGAGGGAUUAGUGGCCAUCAAUCUCUGUUGACCAACAAUCCUUCAGCCUUUGGCCAUGCACAAGGCGAUUAUGGCCAAAGCUUCGACCUUGACGCUGGAAGUAAUUCUUGGGUAGGGUGA